CUGUUUGCCAGAUUUUACAUUCUCACUCUGAAACAAGCUGAAGAAGAGGAAGAUGUGCUGCUAACCAGGUUCUCUAUGUUGGUAAAACUUCCAGGUCAUGGAAAUGUGUUUUCUACAGAAGAACACACGAUACACAAGUUCUCUGUAUAGAUUUGUCCCUCAAAUGUGUCAGCGUUCCCACCUUUCCUGUUCUUUGCUGUCCGUUUGUGUUUCUUUCAGGGUAAAUACUGAUGGAGAAGCCCCACCAGUCAGCUCCGUCUCCAUGAGGAGCAGCCACUCCAUGGGUCACCCCCUCAACAUCAGUGAUGGGGUUUAUACUGACAGAAAAGCCCCAUCAGUGGUCAGCUCUGUCUCCAUGAAGAGUAAACACUCCAUGGGUCACCCCCUCAACAUCAAAGAUGGGUCUUUUCAUGACAGAAAAGCCACUUCGGUAAUCAGCUCUGUCUCCAUGAGGAGCAACCACUCCAUGGGUGAACCCCUCAACAUCAAAGAUGGAGCUGAUCAGGAGAGGCCAGAGAUGCUCCGUGGUCAGUCUGCACAUCAGGAUCUAACAGAUUUGGACUCCAUCUUUAAGCUUCUUGAGGAGAAUAUUCUCACUUUUGUGAAGACUGAGCUGAAGAGGAUCCUCAUGAUCUUAGAUAACACAAAAAUCAGAAAGAUGGAGGAAGAGGAAAACCUGGAGGGUGCAGAUGAAGAGCAGAGGAGGAGCAGCAGAGAUGCAUUUUUGAAGCUCACACUUUCCUCCUUGAAGAGAAUAAAGCAGCAUCGACUGGCAGACUUACUGCACAGCAAAACUGUUGCCCCACAGUGCCAAAGUAAACUGAAAUCCAACUUAAAGAAGAAAUUCCAGUGUGUGAUUGAGGGGAUUCCCAAAGCAGGAAACCCAACCCUUCUGAACCAGAUCUACACAGAGCUCUACAUCACAGAGGGAGGGACUGCAGAGGUCAAUGAUGAACAUGAGGUCAGACAGAUUGAAGCCGCAUUCAGGAAAUCAGACAGACCAGAAACAACCAUCAGACAAGAAGAUAUCUUUAAAGUCCCACCUGGAAGAGAUGAACCAAUCAGAACAGUGAUGACGAAGGGAGUGGCUGGCAUUGGGAAAACUGUCUUAACACAGAAGUUCACUCUGGACUGGGCUGAAGACAAAGCCAACCAGGACAUCCAGUUCUUGUUUCCACUGACUUUCAGAGAGCUGAAUGUGCUGAAAGAGAGAAAGUUCAGCUUGGUGGAACUUGUUCAUCACUUCUUUACUGAAACCAAAGAAGCAGGAAUCUGCAGCUUUGAAGAGUUCCAGGUUGUCUUCAUCUUGGACGGUCUGGAUGAGAGUCGACUUCCUCUGGACUUCCACAACAAUGAGACCCUGACUGAUGUUACAGAGUCCACCUCAGUGGAUGUGCUGCUGACUAACCUCAUCAGGGGGAAACUGCUUCCCUCUGCUCGCCUCUGGAUAACCACACGACCUGCAGCAGCCAAUCAGAUCCCUCCUGACUGUGUUGGCAUGGUGACAGAGGUCAGAGGGUUCACUGACCCACAGAAGGAGGAGUACUUCAGGAAGAGGUUCAGAGGAAAGAAGCAGGCCAGCAGGAUCAUCUCCCACAUUAAGACAUCAGGAAGCCUCCACAUCAUGUGCCACAUCCCAGUCUUCUGCUGGAUCACUGCUACAGUUCUGGAGGAUGUUCUGGAAACCAGAGAGGGAGGAGAGCUGCCCAAGACCCUGACUGAGAUGUACAUCCACUUCCUGGUGGUCCAGACCAAAGUCAAGAAGGUCAAGUAUGAUGGAGGAGCUGAGACAGAUCCACACUGGAGUCCAGAGAACAGGAAGAUGAUUGAGGAUCUGGCAAAACUGGCUUUUGAUCAGCUGCAGAAAGGAAACCUGAUCUUCUAUGAACCAGACUUGAAAGAGUGUGGCAUCGAUAUCACAGCAGCCUCAGUUUACUCAGGAGUGUUCACACAGAUCUUUAAAGAGGAGAGAGGACUGUACCAGGAGAAGGUGUUCAGCUUCAUCCAUCUGAGUGUUCAUGAGUUUUUGGCUGCUCUUCAUGUCCAUCAGACCUUCAUCAGAUCUGAAGUCAACCUGCUGGAAGAAAAUAAUAAAACCUCCAAGGACCCCAAAAGAAAAGAAAGUGCUUCUACGCUGAAAGAUUUCUACCAGUGUGCUGUAAACAAGGCCUUGGAGAGUCCAAAUGGACACCUGGACUUGUUCCUCCGCUUCCUCCUGGGUCUUUCACUGCAGACCAAUCAGAGUCUCCUACGAGGUCUGAUGACACAGACAGAAAGUAGCUCACAGACCAAUCAGGAAACAGUCCAGUACAUCAAGAAGAAGGUAGAAAAGAAGAUAUCUCCAGAGAAGUGUCUCAAUCUGUUCCACUGUCUGAAUGAACUGAGAGAUUGUUCUCUGGUGACAGAAAUCCAGCAGUGCCUCAAAUCAGGAAGUCUCUCCACAGAUAAACUGUCUCCUGCUCAGUGGUCGGCUCUGGUCUUUAUCUUACUGUCAUCAGAACAAGAUCUGGAGGUGUUUGACCUGCAGAAAUACUCUGCUUCAGAGGAGGCUCUUCUGAGGCUGCUGCCAGUCGUCAAAGCCUCCAACAAAGCUCUGUUGAGUUACUGUGAUCUGUCAGAGAAAAGCUGUGAAGCUCUGGCCUCAGUUCUUUGUUCUCAGUCCUUCGGUCUGAGAGAGUUGGACCUGAGUAACAACGACCUUUGGGAUACAGGAAUAAAGAAGCUUUGUGUUGGACUGCAGAGUCCACACUGUAAACUGGAGUCACUCAGGCUGUCAGGUUGUCUGAUCACCAAGGAGGGCUGUAGUUCCCUGGCCUCAGCUUUGAACUGCAACCCCUCCCAUCUGAGAGAACUGGACCUGAACUACAACCAUCCAGGAGAGGCAGGAGUGGAGCUUCUUUCUGCUGGACUGAAUGGGCCACAAUGGAGACUGGACACUCUCAGAAUGGACCAUGGUGGGGCCUGGACCCUGCAAGCAGGACUGAGGAAGUAUACUCAACAACUCACUCUGGAUUUAAACACAGCACACAGAAACCUCCAGCUGUCUGACAACAACAGAAAGGUGAUGGUUAUAAAGGAGGAGCAGCCUUAUCCCGACCACCCAGACAGGUUUGACCAAUGUCUCCAGCUACUUUGUAGAAAUGGCCUGACUGGACGCUGUUACUGGGAGGUUGAAUGGGAGGGCAUGGUGUGUAUUGGCGUGACUUACAAAGGAAUCAAAAGGAAGGGAAAUGAUACCAGCAUCCUGAUUGGAGGGAAUGAUCAGUCCUGGAGUCUGUACUGCUCUGAUGGGACUUGCUCAGUUUUUCACAACAACCAUAUUAAAGAGAUUCCUUCAGUUCCCUCCACCUCAAACAGAGUGGGAGUGUAUCUGGACUGGCCUUCUGGCACUUUGUCCUUCUACAGAGUCUAUUCAGACACAUGGAUUCACCUCCACACCUUCAACACCAAAUUCACUGCACCCCUUUACCCUGCUUUUAGGGUUGGAUUUGAACGCAGCCUGUUUAGUUCUUCUGUGUCUCUGCAUAAGCAGGAGGAGGAAGAUUCUCUUCCAUAGACACCGACAUGAAAGACGGAGUUUCAGGUUGCAGCUGUGCAACAGUCAGGGUUUGAACUACAGCGAAGUGAAAGGGAGCUCGGCUCCCCUGAAAAACAGAGGAGCUCCCUAAAGGUAUUCAAAUGAUAGUAAGGGGGGCC